CGGUGGUGGCCCGCGAGCCCCGGACACCAGCCACGAGGUGGCCCGCGCGGGGCUGGGUCCCGAUGGCUACGUGGAGGCGGGAUGGCCGGCUAACCGGCAGCCAGCGGCUGCUGUGUGCAGGGCUUGCGGGGGCGUUCAGCCUCAGCCUCACGGCGCCCCUGGAGCUCGCCACCGUGCUGGCCCAGGUCGGCGUGGCGCGAGGCCACUCCCAGGGGCUGUGGGCCACUGGACGCCGAGUGUGGCUAGCCGAGGGGCCGAGGGCCCUGUGGAAGGGGAAUGGCGUGGCGUGCCUGCGCCUCUUCCCCUGCAGCAUGGUGCAGCUGGCUGCCUACCGAAAGUUUGUUGUGCUGUUCAUGGAUGACCUGGGCCGUAUUUCCCAGUGGAGCUCCAUUGUGGCCGGAAGUCUCGCGGGCAUGGUCUCCAUGAUUGUCACCUACCCUACGGACCUCAUCAAAACCCGGUUGAUUGUGCAGAACAUGCUGGAACCAUCUUACAGGGGGCUCAGCCAUGCUUUUUCUACUAUUUAUCACCAAGAAGGGUUUUUGGCCCUUUAUCGAGGGGUAUCCCUCACUGUUUUAGGCGCUGUUCCCUUCUCUGCUGGUUCCCUUCUAGUCUACAUGAACCUGGAGAAAAUCUGGAAUGGACCCCGGGACCGCUUCUCUCACCUGCAGAACUUUGCCAAUGUCUGUGUGGCUGCUGCUGUGAGCCAGACGCUUUCCUUCCCCUUUGACACCGUGAAGAGAAAGAUGCAGGCUCAGAGUCCUUAUCUUCCCCAUCAUGGAGGAGUAGAUGUCCAUUUCUCAGGAGCAGUGGACUGCUUCCGGCAGAUAGUGAAGACCCAAGGGGUCCUGGGCCUCUGGAGCGGACUGACAGCUAACUUACUGAAGGUCGUUCCAUAUUUUGGAGUUAUGUUUAGCAUGUUUGAGUUCUGUAAAAGAAUUUUUCUUUAUCAAAAUGGUUACAUCCUGUCCCCACUGACCUACAAACUGACCCCAGGGGUGGACCAAAGUUUGCAGCCCCAGGAGUUACGGGAACUAAAGAAGUUCUUCAAGCCCAGAAAACUGGAAUCUAAGAAACCAACUCUGUAGAGCUGAAUGGAUGGCGUGCAGCAAUCGCAAGUGACUAUGCCCUCCUAGCUGUGCACAUCAGGAGGAAUGAGAGGGUCCUUCUGCCUGCUGCUCUUGGAGAUGUGACCACAAGGCCAUACAUCACAUCAGAACCCCAAAUUUUCCCUGUGAAUACCUGUGCCUUGAGAAGCUUUUGUGAUACUGCUCUGUCACAUGGCGCUCCACCAGACUGUACUGCGCAGGAUAUGGCAUCUUGCAGCUGAAGUAGCAGAGCAGAGACCAUGUCACGAGCCCAGUCACCAGAGUCCAGGUGAAAUAGUCCAAGUUUCUCUAACUGUGACCUGUGGCUUCCCCAUAUAGACCUUCUUAAACUUAGACCUUUGUGGGCUUCUGAGAGCACAAACCACCAUGUAGGUUAGGCCUUAGCAAAAAUCCCAAAUGAAAAGUUUUUGGUGUUUUUUUUUUUUUUCCAAAUGAUCUUGCUAUGAAGUGCAGGCUACCCUCAGUCAUGAUCUUCCUGCCUAGACUCCCAGACACCUGAGAUUUCAGGUGUACACUGCAAUGCUCAUCCUUGGAACCCUUAUUCUUUAUUGAAAACUCAAGCACCCCAAGCCUAGAAGCUUCUAUUUCAAGAAGGCAGUUUUCCCCGUGACUUCUUAAGGAUGUACUGACAUUCCUGACUGAUGUCACACACAGUUUCAGCAGCCUUAAUUAUCUGCCUUUUUAACUUGCUUUGUAAGCCGACCCUAAAAAUAAAUUAUUCAAUCAUUUUCUGUUAUUCUCACGAGAUGUCCUAAUUGGCUAGAAAGGAUAGAUAGAACAUAUGGCACACGUACUCCCCCAAAAUGGCAUAAAAUAAAAAUCUUUUAGGCUAAUCACCCAUUGGAGAAACUUUUGCUUGUUUGUUUUUUGUUUGUUUUAAUGUAAUCAAAUGAGGAUUCCAUGUAAAAUUCAUAUAGCUAUACUUUCCAAAUAGUACCAAUCAUGUAUUUUAAACACAUUAAUAUGUUAACAAGAUGGGCUGGUGCCCAUCUGCAGUCAUAGCCCUUGGGAGGCUAAGGCAGGAAGAUCAUGAGUUCAAGAUAAGCCUUAGCUACAUAGGUAAGUUCAAGUUCUUCUUGUGCGUAUCUUAGGAAACAAUAAGUAAAUAAAUAA